AUGUGGCAGCUUUUAACAGCAGCAUGUUGGAUGCUUCUUCUUGGAUCUAUAUGUGGUUCUAAGAAAAGGACCACCACAAAUCCUGAAGCUAAUAUGAAUAUUAGCCAGAUUAUUUCUUACUGGGGUUAUCCUCAUGAAGAGUAUGAUGUUGCGACAAAAGACGGUUAUAUCCUCGGACUUUAUAGAAUUCCUCAUGGAAGAGGAUGUCCCCCCCAAACAGCUUCGAAGCCUGUUGUAUAUUUGCAGCAUGGGUUAGUAGCAUCUGCCAGCAACUGGAUUUGCAACCUGCCCAACAACAGCUUGGCUUUCAUUCUGGCAGAUACUGGUUAUGAUGUAUGGUUGGGGAACAGCCGAGGAAACACCUGGUCCAGAAAACACCUGAAAUUGUCACCCAAAUCAUCAGAAUACUGGGCCUUCAGUUUGGAUGAGAUGUCUAAAUAUGACCUUCCAGCCACAAUUAAUUUUAUCCUAGAGAAAACUGGACAGGAGCAACUUUACUACGUGGGCCACUCCCAAGGCACCACCAUAGCCUUCAUAGCAUUCUCUACAAAUCCAGAACUGGCUAAAAGGAUUAAGACAUUUUUUGCACUGGCUCCAGUUGUCACAGUAAAAUACACCAAAAGUCCUAUGAAAAAAUUAACAACUCUUUCCAGACAAGUAGUCAAGGUAUUGUUUGGUGACAAAAUGUUCUACCCACAUACGUUAUUUAACCAAUACAUUGCCACCAAAGUGUGCAACCAGAAGCUCUUCCACCGUAUAUGCAGCAACUUCCUAUUUACUCUGUGUGGAUUUGACGCCAAAAACUUAAACAUGAGUCGCUUGGAUGUUUAUUUGUCACAGAACCCUGCGGGAACAUCUGUUCAAACUAUGCUGCAUUGGGCCCAGGCUGUUAAUUCUGGUCAGCUCCAAGCUUUUGACUGGGGAAACCCUGAUGAGAAUCUGAUGCAUUUCCACCAGCUUAUACCACCUUUAUACAAUGUUACUAAGAUGGAAAUUCCAACGGCAAUGUGGAGCGGUGGACAGGACGUUGUGGCUGAUCCCAAGGACGUUGAAAAUUUACUUCCUAAAAUUGCAAACCUUAUUUAUUACAAGCUGAUUCCACACUACAAUCAUGUGGAUUUUUACCUUGGACAGGACGCACCUCAGGAGAUUUACCAAGACCUGGUUAGAUUGAUAGAGCAAUGGAAACAAAAUUAA